AUGAGACGUCAGCUGACCCAAGAGUACGCGGUGGCCGGCCAGUCAGCUGAGCUGCCCUGUGACGUCACACCCCCGUCCCGGUCGGACCGUCUGCGGCUGGUACUGUGGUACCACGGUACCGGCGGUACGCCCAUCUACACGACCAGGGUCACCUUCCGACUGGGCUCCAAGGGCGCGGCGCUGGUUAUCAGCCAGGUGAAGGCCAGCGAUCAGCAGUUGUACCGGUGUCGAGUCGACUUUCUACAGUCGCCCACCAGAAACUCACGCGUCAAUCUCACCGUCAUUGCCAGCGGCCUUCUGAGACUCAAGGACAACAACACUGGCAUCACCUUCCUCAUCGACACUGGAGCCGAGUACAGUGUUCUUCCAGCGACACCCACCGAUCGUGCUCGCGGAACCAACGGUCUGGAUCUGCAAGCAGCCAACAACAGCAGCAUCCAGACCUAUGUACCGCCGGAGCCGCCCACAAUAUACGAAGGCCAGGGACGCAUGCCUGGCGAGGGGAUCAUCGGACCCUACAAAGAGGGCGACACCACUCGUCUACUAUGUGUGGCCUCCAACGGGAGGCCACAACCAAACGUGACCUGGUGGCGCGAUAACGCACUGGUGGACGCUACCUGGGCGACCACGGAGGAGGGCGCCACUGAGAAUCAGCUGACGCUGGGCCCGCUGCGCCGUGCUGACCUGGGGGCGGUGCUGACCUGCUGGUCAGCUAAUCACCCCCUGGCCACGCCCCGCUCCGCCACCGUCACCGUUACCAUGAUAUUGAAGCCGCUGACGGUGUCGUUUCUGGGCGCCAACCUGCCGCUCUCGGCGGGCCGGCGGCACCAGCUGACCUGUGAGACGGUCGGGUCACGACCCGCGGCCAUCAUCACCUGGUGGAUGGCCGACAGCAAGCUGACAGAGGUCACCCAGCGUGUCACUGACGACGGGAACCGCACGGUGUCCACCGUGACACUGACACCGCAGGUGGGACACAGUGGACAGAGUGUCAAGUGUCGCGCCGUCAACACCGACCUCAUGGCGGAGGUCAUCGAACAGUCCUGGAGGCUCACCAUCUAUUACGUGCCAGUCGUCACGAUACAGCUGCAGUCGCCACACGGAGGCGCAGAGCUGAUCGCGGAGGGUGACGACGUCAUACUGGGCUGCCAUAUCAGCGCCGACCCCCCAGCACACAGCAUCGAGUGGAGGCUGAACGAGCGGCCGCUAAACCGCAACUCGAGCGGCGGGCUGACUGAAAUCACCAACGGCACGCUGGUGUUGCGUGGAGUCUCCGUUCGGGACGUGGGGCACUACUCGUGCGCGGCCCGUAACAGCGAGGGAGAGGGACGCAGCAACCAGCUCUACCUACCCGUCAGACAUGUCCCCGACUGCAAACAGUUCCAGAAAAGGUCCUACGAGACCGCCCGAGGCGAGACGGUCAACGUGACCUGCGAGGUCAACUCGUUCCCGCCGCCAAAGACCUUUUUCUGGGCGCUCAACUCGACAGGGACCUACCAGGAGCUACCUCAGAGUCGCGUUAGGAGUCGACAGGGAGUCAGCGUGGCCAGCGUGUCGACUCAGAGUCAGCGUGACUACGGGACGCUACUGUGCUGGGCAGAGAACACGGUCGGCCGGCAGACGGAGCCGUGUGUGUUCGCGCUGCGACCUGCAGACCGUCCAGAGAGGCCGCGCUCCUGUCAGGUGACAGCGACGUCACCGCGGGCGCUGACAGUCAGCUGUCAGCCCGGAGGGGACGGCGGACUGCGCCAGAGCUUUCACCUGGAGGUGCUGGAUACACAGGACCGCACGGUGGUAUUCAACAGCACAGCAGAGACGCCAAGGUUCAAGGUGCCCGGUCUGGUGCCUGGCCGGCGCUACAUGCUGACCCUGCACGCCUCCAACGAGCGGGGCCGCAGUGACCUCUACGUCACACCGGCCGCGGUGCCGGUCGACACGGCCGCCGGCAGGACAGCUGAGAUCACGGGCCGCUCGGACAGUCUGCUGGAGGUGCGGCCCGUGAUCGGCGUGCUGGUUGGGGUGGUCGGAGCUCUGGUGCUGCUCGCCAUCGCCAUCGUGGUCGCCAUGCGCGUGCGAGGCAUCACAGACGCCAAGGACCACCGCCGCGCCGCCGCGGGCGUCGACUACGAGAUCCAACUGCGACAGGAGCAGGUGUCCCGGCUCUCGGACAAGUACGCCGCCGAACUGGCCCGUCAUAUGCACUCAGGUGGCGAGCACACUGUGCCGGUCGACGUGCACGGCCCCUCACUGGAGAGACCGGCCACGACCGGGCGACCUCGGCCGCGGCCUCCUCCGCGCGCCGGCUCCACCACCAGUCAGUCGAGCAGUACUCUGCCGAGGCAAGGCAGGGCGUUGGCUCAGGGGGCGUCGGCGGGCCGGGCGGCCGACGGUCCCGCGAGCCACUCGAGUCCGUCGUCUCCGUCGCCGACCGUCUCCACCGACACGCGUCGAACGGAGGAGCUGGUGCCCCUCAUCGUCUUUCGGCCGCCGGCGUCUGGGACCAGUCCUCGCCCCUACCGCGGCGGUGCCCGGCCCGUGCCCAGCCCCAGUCUUCAGAGGGACGCCACCACCAGCCUGAUCGUGGAGAGCUCGAGCUCCAGCACGCGCCGGGAGCCGAGCCCACAGCCGCAGCGGACUGACGUGGUGCUCUGUCCUCGACCCCCGCCGCCCGGAGCCCGAGCUGACACAGACGGACACGGAGACGACGUGCGAAUCGCCACAGAGUUCUAACCCCCGCACUCCGAGAGGAGUUAGGGCACUCCCUCGCUCGGAAAACUGAGUUCGGGUGGGGAGUUUGAAGCCGAUGUUGCGUUCAUAAAUCACGAGUGGACCACUAUCGCGUUGUGGUUUUGGCUGUUGGCCUGACCCAGCACCGGUGCCAUCUGGUAAAUGAAACUGGAACUGCUGAGCUGCUGAGGGCACACACUUCAGAGCUGUAUCUCUGUGUACCUAAAUACAGCAAACGAAACAGUGUAAUGGCGCCAAUAGUGGGAUGACGAGGCACCAGAGAUGAUAUCGAUGCGGUUUUGUUGUAGACUAAUGCGGACGAAAUGGGCAUUGUAUAAAAACGCUGCCCAGAGACGAGCUUGGUAAAAGGGCGCUGAAGGAGCAAAGAGACGUUUAUUUCAUUGGAUGUGAAUCGCAUAGGCAGAGGUUCGUCCAAGUACCAUAUGGUGCGGGGCGUUGAUGUGCAUUGUAGCGUUGAAUCAUGUUGUGUGUAAAAACCUCAUAGGACCGACACGCUCAGUUAGUAUUUGUAUCAUUCGCAUUUCAUAUGGCAACGUAGAUCUGUUAAGUCGUCUAGUAAAUGGUGUUAACCCACGAGCCGCUGGGGGGGGGGGGGCAUAAAGUUGCCCCCCCCUUUACGUUUUGUGAAAUAUCUUCGAAAACUGAUGAGCUACGAACGUGAAACUUGGCAUAGCUUCAAAUGAAUACCUAGGCAAUGUUUGAGGAAAGUUUGGUGGUUGUAGCACCUAAGAUGACGUCACAGUGACGUCAUAAAGUUUUGUCGUUUUCCGAUAUGGACCGUUUCUGAUGACGCUGAGCAUGAAACUCGACUGUAAAUGAACUAGACAGCACCUGCUGUCAUCCUAAAACAUCUUACUACACUUCCAUCUAGUUUCUGACCAAUAAUCGGCCCUUUAUAUUCGGUCCCAUAUAUGUGAUGUAUCGUGAGGAAUAUGAGAGUCGCAAAUCUAUAAUUUCACUUAUGACGUCACUGUGACGUCAUUUCAAAUGGGAUCGACACCAAAUUUGGACACAACCUCGGCUAGGUAUUCAGGAAGAUGUGUGCAAAGUUUCGCUUCUCUAUCUCUUCGCGUUGCGACGAUAUCGUCGCAGAAGUAAAGGGGGGGCAACUUUAUGCCCCCCCCCCCCCCAGCGGCCGGCGGGUGGCGCGGAGGCCCAGCGGCCGCCGGGUUAACUGUGUGUCCUCAGAACUGUUCUCUGGCAUGUACUCCUAACUAGCUGAAGCCAUGUGACUCAGGUGGGUGAAUAACUUUUAAACGGACUAUGAUCAGAAUGUUACUACUCUCACAUGUUGAUUGAUGGUGUACGUACUCGAAAUGCACACGAAUGGUUCAUGAAUUAGACGUAGGAUAGGUAGGUACAUAUUCACACAAGGCGAGAAAUAAGAUUUCUUCUCCUCAUCCUGCUUCAUAACAGUGACGACAGCACGGUGUGCUGUCUUUUCUCAUCGCCUUGAAAAAUGUAAUAUCCGGAACAGACGGUUGGAUUUUAUCUAGGUUGGAUUUUAUAAUUAUAUAGGUACCUACCAUGUGCGAAAAACUAAGAAAAAGAAAUCAUGAAAUCGUUAUUCGCUUCAAUGUGCUAUAAACCAGUAUCUCCUGACCUCCAGACUGAUGUGACUAAUGGCUGUAGGUAUGGUCAGGCUCGCUGUUUUUAUUUCCUUGCUCGUCCUCGCUGCGUAUCGUGCAAGAAAUAAAACCUGUCGCCACUGCGUUCAACAUCAUUGCACGCCUGCACUAGUUGUGUCACUGUUAUAUGGCUGUGACUUUAUGGAUUUGUGUGUAAAUGCGUGUGUUUAUGUGUAAGGGAACGUUUGUUUGUGGGUUUGUGCGUGUGUGGUGUGUAUGUCAGUAUGUGUCCUCUAACAAUGAACUGAAGCUGCGUGUAACACAGUUAAUAUACUUCGUCUUUUA